AUGCAUGUUGGACGCAAAGUCCCGGCGACCCUCGCCAGAGGUUACCGACACACUGACUUGGGCAGAACCCGACCCGUCCCUGUCCUGUACAGUCGCAUCCUCGGCGGGACUGGUCAGCCCCAGGUCACCCCUCCUUUCCCGCAACUGGACAGACCCGAGGUGAUCAAGGGACUCUGGGUGGUUCCGCAGUCCUGCCAUACACAAAUUUGCCCGAUAUUUGCUGACCGGUACGGAGCCCAAUGCUCUCACUCUCUCCAUGGCCUCAACAAUGGCAUCAUGAACAUGCCCUGGUCCCAGACUUUUGAAUGA